AUGGGCACCACCACCCUGCUCAUCCUCGACAUCCAGCGAGGUGUGCUCGACAUGCUGGGCGAGACCGAAGCCUACCUGCAACGCCUGAGCGAGACCGUUGAUGCAGCCCGCCAGAACAACAUCAACGUCAUCCACGUUAUCACCGCCUUCCGUCCCGGCUACCCCGAGUCUCAUCCUUACAACCGCUCCGUUGCCAGUGUCGCCGCCGCCGGCAUGUUCCUGGAAGGCACCUCCAGCGUUGAGAUCGCCCCCGCCGUGACCCCCGAUCAGGACGAGGUUGUCAUCACCAAACGCCGGGUCUCUGCUUUUUUCGGCACCGAUCUUGAGAUGAUCCUUCGAUGCUCUAAUACUGAUCAUCUCGUCAUCACUGGUAUUGCUACCAGCGGCGCCGUCCUGUCUACCGUCCGCCAAGCCUCCGACCUCGACUACAAGAUCACCCUCCUGCGUGACCUCUGCAUGGACCGUGACGAAGAGGUUCACAACGUCUUGAUGGAUAAGGUCUUCAACCGCAAGACCGAUGUUGUCACCUCCAACCAGUGGAUUGAUCAACUCGGUGCCGUUGCUGACUAUUAG